GGCGGAAGCAGUUUCCUGUCAGCUGCUACAGUUUUGUUUUGGUCCUCCUCGUAGCUGAGCGUAGCUAGCUGCACUUCUCCUGUUUGUGUCGCUGCGACAGCUGAAGGGAAAUGAAGAAGUUUUUCGAUGACAUCAAGAAAGACAUUAAGUUUAAAUCUGCGGGACCGGGGAAGAAACUAACAGAGGAAACCGGUUCCAAGCCCGAUGUGGUGCAGAGCAGCUCCAGUGCCAAGAAUAAUCGCCAUGCUCCGACUGAAGGAGCCCAGCGGGCAGGAGCUGCAGCCCUGGCCAGGAUCGAGCAGCGGCAGAAGCCGAAGGUCCACACCUCCCAGGACGCCAUCAGGCACCAGGUUAAAAAAGAACUGGAGGCAGAGGCAGCUGCACUGGCUGAAAAAGACAAGGCAGCAGCAGCAGCGGAGGGAUCCAGAGUGCCUGUGAAAGAUCCCUCCUGCCUCUCAGUGUCAGGUGUGUAUUUCACCUGUCCGCUCACUGGAGCCACAUUAACAAAGAGUGAGAGGGAGGUACACAUUAAAGAGGCCAUUUUAAUGCGGUUUGAGGAGGACCCAGUUGAGGCCUCUGUUAUGAUGAUCCACACGUUCAACAAAGACAGAGAGAAAGUCAAGGUUGCCGUCGACAUCAUAAGCAAGUAUGUUGACAAUAUAUGUAAGAAUCCCACAGAGGAGAAGUACAGGAAGAUUAAACUCAGCAACAAAGUGUUCCAGGAUAAAGUCCGUAGUGUUGAGGGCAGUAGAGAGUUCCUGCAGGCGCUGGAGUUCAUAUCCGUGAUGCUUCCUGUGGAGGGUCAAGAGGAGGAAGAGGAGUUCCUGGUGUUACCGGAGCAGAGUCCAGAAGCCCUGGAGUUGAUGAAGGAGAGGAGGGAUCGUCUCCAGCGAGGCGAGCCGGUCAGAGCUCAGCUUGACAGACAGCCUCAGGCGUUCAGACCUUCUCCCAACGCCCAGCGCUUCGAGCUGCCGCCUGAGUUCUACAACCUGACAGCAGAUGAGCUCAAGAAGGAGCAACAGCAGAGGAGUGAAUUGGUGGAAAAGAACGCUAUGCUGCGCACCAAGGCCAUGAGGGAGAAGGAGGAGCAGAGGGAGAGAAGGAAAUACAACUACACCCUGCUCAGGAUCAGACUGCCCGAUGGAAACCUGCUGCAAGGGACCUUCUAUGCGUGGGACCGGCUGCCUGUGCUGUUCGAGUUUGUCCGGGAGUCCCUGGUGGACGGCUGGCAGCCCUUUGAGCUCAUCGCACCUGGAAGUCAGAAACUACAAGAGUCUGAUGAAGUCGCUCUCGCAGAGUGUAACUUGGUUCCUGCAGCUCUGCUCACUUUUGCCUGGGAUGCAGCUGUGCAGGCGGAUAUUGCAGCUGCAGGUGGAAAGAGCCCCACACUCCUCAAGCCGGAACUGCUGGAAACCAUUCGGACCCUGAGCUGAGGGUCCCUCGCUGUCCCUGAACUCCCCCCUGCUACAGUACCUCCCAUUUCUGGCACUGAUGGGGUGAAAUUGCCUCUUACAGAAGACUAGCGAUGAGUUUAUUUUUACAGAUCCUAACCUGAGUCAGUAGCAGUGAUAGUGGAGGGGCAACUUCACCCUAAUGCUUCUGCUGAGCACCCCUCCCUCUCUCCAUGUGGGGAUAAAGCCACACUACAGAUGGUGUCAGCAGCACAUUAUGUUUAAGGAUGAAUUUUGCUAACAGAUGUGAAAGGAGAAAGAACAAGGGCCAAGUGGUGUUUUUGUCGUAUUCUGAAUGAAUGUACAUGCUGUGUGGUGAACAGACUGACAGCAGUCCUCUGUAACAGUCAGGUGUACUUCAUGUGGCAUGUUCAGAGACCUUGUUUUUACUGUGUCCGCACUUCCCCUCCUCGUUUUGAAGUAAACAUUGCGUUGGACUAACAGUGUACACCUCUGACUGUAGAGAGUCAAUUGAAUCGGCUCAGAUAUUGACUUGUGUUGGGUAUUUCAGUGCCUGGCGUCUUUCAUUUUAAAAGCUGCAGGGUGUCAGUGCUCCAGCUUUACUUUCACACUUGAAAGGUUGUUAUCUCCGUUCAGCAGUGCUCAAGUUUGAACAGUGUUUUGUCUGAUUUAAUGUGAUAUGAGUCCAGCUUGUCCGUUUUGUCCUCUGCAGAAGCCUCGCACUCCUUGGUGUUGUGUAAGACUCCUAUGAUUUCUUAAAUAGAUUUUUAUGUCUAUGAGCACAAGCCUGAAUUAUUAGUUUUUUUCUGAUCAAUUUCACAUAAAAGUGAGGUCAAAAACUACAAAUAUUACUUAUUGACAUGUUCCCCCAAGGUUUUUAAAGGCAUUGGCCAUGUGCUGAGGGUACCAAAAUAUGUUCUUAUAUUUUACCAAUCUUAAGCACUUUCCAGCAUUAUGCACAACUUUGUAAAACAGGUGUGUGAACCCCAAACACACAGCUUUGUUGACACUACUCGUGUGAUUAAUGGUUUUAAUUGUAGAGGCUCACUGCAGACGCUUAAUGUAAUGUACUCGCCCUGGCAUGCAGGCAGGCAUGAAGUAUCUUUCUGUUGUUAAAAACUGGCAGCAUGGACUCGUCUUGAUGGUGGUUCUGUAAUUUGUUUGCAUCAAACACAUUUCCUUGAUAUAAAAAUUGUCUAUAUUUCAAACCGCGUGGAGUCACAGCGGCUACAAGCCUGCUGCAUCCAAUGAGAAGUCAAAGAUAUGAAAGGGACUGAAGAUUCAAAUUGAUCUCUUGACUUGUGUAAAAUGUUUUACAUCCAUACUUUCCCUUGAAACAUGUCAGUGAAGGUUAGUACUUGUAUUUUGGCAAGGCUUCUGCUGUCUACACCAGUUUAAUCUAUAAAAGUUUAUUACAAUUUCUCCUGCAUGUGUUUUGGUUAAGACGACAACAAACCUACCUCUCACUGCUCGUCUCUCUGAAACAUCCCAAGAAAGUUGUAUACAAACAUGUAAUAGAUCUUAAAAGUCCCAGCAUUGUUUAUUUUUUUUAAACCUCACACCUUUACAAAUAGUUGCACACCAAGAACACAUCUAUAACUGCAGGGUUAAAUUUUCCCAUCAUCUGUAAGGCAAAGUCAGCCAUAAGUGACAUUUCUGUCUUACUGCCGUCUCGUUCAGCCUGUCCACCAGUGACCCACAGGUAUUCAAUGGAAGGAAGGUGUAAAUGUUUUCUCAGCAUUGUAACCUUAUUAAACGGAUUAGUGAGCAGUUGUGAUCUGUCCAGAUGUUCUGAGUUGUGUUCUGUUGCUUUUUAACCUGCCUGUAAUAAAGACCGCUUGCAUUGCAUCUCAA